AUGAAGCCGGGUGCCUUCUUGUUGCUGCUGCGCCCCGCUGGGGAUGACUUCGAGGUGCUCCUACAGCACCGUGCAGCCCAUCUCACCAACCCUGGCACCUGGGGCUUGGUUGGUGGAAUGCUCUCGCCCGAGGAGCGCUGGAUCUACCGAAGCAACGGGCUGCCGGAGUGGCUCUGGAAGCGGGUGCUGCGCCGGGCAGCGCUGCGCGAAGCCUUAGAAGAGAUGGGAGGCUCCGAGUCCGACCUGGCCAAGGCCAAGAUCAUCUUCGAGCCGCUCUGUGUCCAAGUGACCCAGGACGGACAGGUGGUGCGGCUUGGACGGAAGGUGGUGGAGGCAGUAGUGCCAGCUGGAUUGACCUUCAUGGAGGUCGACGAGCAACGCUCAAGACCGCUGAGGAUAGGGAGCAGCCACACCUUCGUGUUCGUCUACGUGACACCUGGAUCGAGAUGCGACGCCAUGCGCCAGCCAUGCACCAGCCAUGCGGGCGAAACCAUGCUUCAGCGUGACCGGCAGAUUCGAUGGGCGGCGGAGGAGGCGGCCGCGGAGCGGCGGCAGCAUGCGAUGGAGGGCAGGUCCAUGAUACAUCUGCAGGCGGCGGAGAGUCGCCGCACCUUGCUGACGAUGUCGCCGGAGCUCUUUCAUUCCAAAAUGGCCGGGGAUCGGAGCUUCCUGGAGAUUGUCAAGGAGGAAGUGAGAUCCAGGAUGGGCAUCCCGUACCUCCGGCAGAAGCUCAUGCUGGAAGACCAAGAUAUCCCCUUUCACAGUUCUUGGCAGGCCUUGGAGAAGCCCAGGGAACUCACGCUCCUGACCUUGGACUAUGUGGACACGCAUGGGCAGCGCUUGAGGGCCAUGGCCGAAGCCGGAAAGGUGGAGGAGGCCGAAUACUGCCUCAUGUUGCCACAGGAGCCCAAUGCGGCGGAUGAGAACGGGGAGACAGCAGCACUGAAAGCUUGUCGCCAAGGGCACAUGGAGAUGCUGCAGCUCCUUCGUUACGCGGACGCAGACCUGACUCUGGGGAACAACGACGGGGAGACGCCGCUGUUGCUGGCGGCGCAAGAGGGGCACACGGAGCUAGUGGAGCUCCUGCUGGAGUGUGGUGCUGAGAAGGAGUCGAGUAACUGCUGGGGAGAAACGGCGGUCCUGAAAGCCGCAGAGAACAACCAUGUGGAGAUCCUGAACCUUUUGCUGGAGGCUAAGGCGCACAAGGACAAGUCCACCUGGGAUGGCACGACCGCCUUGAUCUUGGCCGCCGGGCGGGGGAACGUGGAGAGCGUGUCGGCGCUUCUGAGAGUGGGAGCCAACAAGAACAAGGCGAAUCACCAGGAGGAGACGCCCCUUUUCGCGGCCGCGCAGCACGGGCGCCACGACUGCGUCCAUGCGCUGCUGCAGACAGGCGCGGAUCGAUACAAGGCCACGACCAGAGGGCAGGCACCCCUCUUUGCAGCAGCCCAGGCCGGGCACCUGGAGACGGUGAAGCUCUUGGUGGAAGGCCGCCGCGGCGGAGAUAAAGAGGCCCGCUACAAUGGGGCAACGGCGCUCUAUGUGGCUGCGCUGAGGGGACAUGCCUCCGUGGUGAACUGCCUCGUGGAGUGUCAUGCUGACGUCAACAGCGCCACCCCCAGCCACGAGACGGCGCUCUUCGUGGCGGCGCUUCGAAAUCAGGAGGAGGUGGUGAAGAUCCUCUGCCGAGCCUCCGCAGAUGUGAACAAGGCCACAGUGGAUGGUGCCACACCGCUGUUGGUGGCCUCACAAGAAGGCCAUGACCCCAUCGUCAAAGCAUUGCUGGAAGCGGGCGCCGAUCACUGCAAGCGCAUGACCACCGGCGACACGCCGAUCUCCGUGGCCAAGACGAAUACCACCAAGGAUCUCUUUUGGACCACCAAGACAGCUCGCCCCAACAUGUCGCGGUUCAUUUGGGCUUAG